GCAGAGCGCCGCGAUGCUGCUCCUCUGACACUCUUCCUGAUACUUCCUCACUGGAAAUAACCCUCGAUAAAAUGGAAAGUUCUUCUUCUGAGCCGAAUGUCAGGAGAGUGAAGAUGAAGAUGGCUUCUGUCUCCACCGUCACCUUGUUUCUCCUCGGCUGCUCUCUCAUCCCCUCAACAGAGUCUGCCGGCGACUGCAAAGUCUAUGCAGAAAGAGGCAAAAGUGUCACCGUGCCUCUGGGAAAAUCUAUCCCUUCAAUCUACAAGUUGCAAUGGCACCAAAGCCAGGCGAUAAUCUUCUACAAGAAAGGACCGACCAUCAUCACAGGGAAUAAGGACGACGUUGAUAAAACAGGGUCCCUCGUUCUAAAGGGUCUGCAGCAAGAAGGAACCUAUAAAGCUGAUGUUUUUGGACAAGAUGGAACAUCAAUAUACUCCUCAGGGGGGAUACGUGUAUGUAUACAGGACCCUGUGAAAAAGCCAACACUGAAAAUGGAGUGUGUAAAACCAGAUUUUGUGAAAUUUACCUGCACUCCUGGUCAGGGAGACAAAGAUCUAAAGACCCAGUGGCUCAAGAACAAUGUGUCUGAAAAGGACACACUACCGACUCUAACCCGGAUAGCCCAAGAUGUUGAAAAAGACAGUUUCUCCUGCAAAGUUUCUAAUCAAGUUUCCUCUAAAACCAGUUCCUCUCUGACACAAACCUGCUUCAUUGAUUCAACAUUUAUUUUUCCAGAGGAAGUCUUUGGAAUUAGUAUCUGGAUUUUUGUUGGAGGAGGAGGAGGUAUCGUUUUGCUGCUGAUUGUACUCGUCAUUAUUUGCUGUAUCCGGGCCAAACGGAAAAGCCGCAUGCACCUGAAAGAUGAAGAGGAGUUCCGUUUAAACUUGGGCUGUCCCGACCAGCAACAUCACCAGAAUCAACAUCCUCCUCACGCCCACAACCAUCCUCAUCAUCCUCCCAACAAUCAACCGUUUCACCAGCCCCAUCACGACACGGCUGGCCACACCGGCCCGCGCCAAAACCGCUCCCGAACCCAGCGUCCCAAAGCUCCCAACCCGCCCGGAGUUGACCCGAGCCCGGCGCCCAGACAAACCGUACGGGGCCCUCUACCAGCUCAUCCUGUCGAAGACGAGCACCCCCCUCCUCUUCCUCAGCCCAGGAAGAAAGUCCCGAAGCCCCAGAGGGCGUGACGCCUGUGACGUCACCAGACCAUAAAUUCACCAUCAGAUGAAGCCUUGCUCCAUCUCAUCGGCUAACCACUGGUGCUCACAUUAAUGUGCUACAAUUAGCCUUUCAAGCCACACCCACCUACUCGCAGUGAUAUCCAGCGGUACAAAACGUACCGAGCAAGUCGCCAUCAAUGAAAUUAGUGAGAAUUGAUGAUUAAAAACUAAUUUUACUGCAACAACCAACAACAGGCAUUCACCUUGCACUCAUUUCAUUCAUUUCAUUUAAUUAUUUAUUCAAACAGGUUAAAACAAAAACAAAAAAAUAAUCAGAAUACAUAAAAUGUAUAUACCGAAAAAACAAAAAAAAACAUAAGCAAAACAAAGCAAAUUAAAGAGACAAAUCUAUAUGUAGAUAAAUAUUUCCUGUUUGAAAGUGUGUAGGAUGAAGUUUCAAAAUACUUUUCUAGUCCUACCCCUUCUAAUGUUCUGUUUUUACAAUUUCUUCAUUUCACAGAACUUCUAAAAGAAAAGCAUAAAAGAAAAGAAAAAGUGGUUCAGCUGAGCACGGCACUUUGGUCACUGGCUGUCAGUUCAUGUGUCCAUUUCCGUUUUGUAUCCGUACAGAGUAUUGAUUUUAAAGAUUUGUUUAAACUUACUUGGUGAUUUGCAUGAUUUCAUUUCAUCUUUACAGUUGUUCCACAGAUUAACUCCCUUCACUGAGACACAAUGGGUUUUGAUGUUUGUUCGUACAUGCUGUUUUUUAAAAUGGCAUAUUCCCCUGAGAUUGUGUUUAUUUUCUUUUAUUUGAAACAACUUCUGGAUGUCUUGCUUCACUGAUUUUUUUUAUUGUUUUUGUCUUUUGUUGAUGCCCAUCUGAUUGCUGGUCUCUGAUCUAGUCAGGUCCAGAAGUAGGAACUUUAAUGUUCAACCCAGACGUGUUUUCUUUGAACACGGCGAUACUAAUUUAUCAAACUUACUGCUCGCGGAUCAAUACCGGUACAUGUGGUGAACUUCUGUUGAACCAUGUAAAGGAAGUCCAUCCGCCUGGAUUGAAGCCUUGACUGAUUUGCUGAGCCUCUGCACCAACUCAGAACGUGGUUUUUGCACAUGAACGUGUCAUGUUGUUGAUCUACAUGUAUAUGACAAGUUCGCAUGAAAAUACCUGAAUUUGCUUCAGUGACUUCAAACUGAAUUUUGAAUAAUUUCAAACUCUUAGCAUGUAUUUGUACGAUGCAAAAUGUGCUUUCAAACUAUGUUAUGUAUUAAUACAGCACAUAUGGAUUUCAAACUGUCAUUUUUACUUUGUUUUAUAUAUAUAUAUAUAUCGGUGUGUCUGUCAGGUUAAAAACGUUUUUUUUUUAUCAAAUGAUCUGUCAUUUAGCUGUUUAUUUUAGAAUAUGUGUUUAUGAGUCUUUAAAUAAAUGGUGGAAGUUUUGGUGUGAAUUUUCCGACAGUCAUUUGAACCUCUGCUGGUUGAAGUCACUGCAGUGCACUGUGAUGAGACACGGCGCAUGCGUGUGUGUGUGUGGGGGGGUUUUGUGUGUCUUUUACAUAUCCUGUGUAUUUUGUGCUGAAAAUGUGUUUGCGGUUUGCCGUGUGCCUUGGCUGUUCGUGCUGAAUUCAAGAUGAAUAUCAGCUUUGUGCAGUGUGGGGGGAGAGAGGCUUUUCCUGCACUGGCAGCCUUUUACAAAAGGAAAGAAAAAAGGCCCGAGGCGACCCCCGCUUGCGUGGCCGCAGGUCUUCACACUUGCUGCAUGAAGGGGUUGAUUGAGCAAUGUCGGUCGGAGCGUGCUCAUGAUGCUGCCGUGCACUUCUGCUCUUUUUCACACCUUAAAACCAUCACAGGAUGCUGUUUUCUCGUCAUACAGAAAUGAGUGCAUGUAAUGCAGACUGAAAACAUUUACAUUCAGUGUUAUCCUGUUGUGUAAUUGUACUGUGUUUUAGUUUAUUAAAAAUUAUUUAAUAAAAAUCA